CAUUUAACCAGUGAUGUAAAGUAACCAAGAUUUACUCAAGUUUUUACUUAAGUACAUUUGAGGGACUUGUACUAAAUGUUUUCUACUUUGUAUAUUAUUCUGAAAUGGACCAACAUGCAUUAUGAGUACUUUUGGUACUUUUUAGAUGCUGAUGCUUUGGUACUUUUACUGAAGUAACAUUUUGAAUGCAGGACUUUUACUUGUGUCAGAGUAUUCCUACACCCUGGCACUUCUCCCAGCUAUGCUCCUAAAGUCGGACAACUGGUCCUCCUACCUGAGCGACGGAGGGCGACAGCUGGGAGGAGGAGGCCAUCAUACCGAAAGGGUUUACCCCGCCCUCCCCCGCCUUGAGCCCGGAGAUCUUAAAUAUGGCACUGGGUUUCUCGUUGGUGAUGAAGCCGAGCAGCUGCCACACCGCGCCGCCGCCUGCAGGGUCCAGGAAGGAGAAGUAGACCGCUCCUCCCGUACCGGCUGGGAACGGAACCGUGCCCAGCAUGAACACCACCACGUGGUUCACGUUCUCAUAGUCCGGCAGGUUGAACACGAACUUGUCCGAGGUGACCUGCACCGCGUCCGUCUGCACCAACCUACCGGCCACCAGACAUCCGAACAUCACGCUGCAGCUGGAGGUUAGCCGUUAGCUCGGUGUUAGCCUGCCCGGCUUCAGCCUCCUAGGGACUUAAAAACCCAGCAGGGCGUGUUAUCCGGUAAAAGACAGAGAAACGACGCCCGCUGCCGGUGAUAUUGACCUUAAAGGCAGCUGUUACAGCCCGGUGGAAACUCCUAGUACAGUGUGUUGAAGUGCUCUGCUGCUCGACUAUCGACUGGGCAUCCUGAUAACUGUCCACUGUGUACAGUACUGAGUUUAAUGCAAAGGGUAAAUGUAGCCCUUUGUUUAGGCUGACAGGCAAACACUGCAGCGGACAUCUUUACAGAGGAGCAGGGCACCAUGAGAAACACAUGUUGGGAUGUGACCAACAGCUUUCCGAAAAUUCUCUGUAUUCUGACUUAUUUCUAAGAAUUGCUAGAUUAAAGUCAAAACUAAAUUUUUAUAUUCACAUCCCAAAUAUUUUUCUCUCGUGGCCCUAACUCUCUUCUGUUCAUCUUUUUUUUAAAUGUUUGAUUUAUCAGUUUUGCAAAAAGUUGAGCCUUAAAGAAAAAGUUGUGAGCAUAACUCAAUUUAUACAACAUUCGUAUAUUUAAAAUAACAAUCCAUUAAACUAAGUUAAUAAUGUAUUAUACAAUGGUUGUUGUUGUUCCUGCAAAAUAGGCAGUUACAAAUAUUUUAGAAACUGCAGGCACUCUCAAGCGUUGGUGAAUAUUUUAGUCCAUGUCUUCCUCAAAUGUUUGACUGAACUGAACCAUCUCUAUCAAAUGACCAGCCCAAAUCCAUCCGCAGCGGUUCCUUAUUACUAGUAGUGGAUGUGGCAACCCAGUAGCCACUUCAUUGGGUUGACGAGGGUGGGUCAUUGUAUACGUGUUUCACCUAGGAGACGGGCUACAGGGCACAUUUCGCCCUUGUGUUUGUUGAGAGCCGCGAAUGCGCUCGAUGAUUCGGUAGUCAGCCUUGUGCCACCAGCCAAAUGUUAAGAAAUCAGGAGUAAGCGUGACCGGAAAAGGAAAUCCUAAACAAUAAAAGUUAACAUUUUGCGAAACAACCUGAAUAUUUUUUGACUCAUUUGUGGUGCUUAAACAUUACCCAUUUUUCUUAGUCAACAGCAAUUUAUGUGUUUGAGUAUUUAAAUCUGUCAACAAGAUUUGUAAUUUGGUCUGGUAUAAUAAAGUCACGAAAAAAAUCAUUGCUGAAAAUGUUGACUUUAUUUUGAAAGAAACAUUAACCGGAUGUAGUAUAUUGUAAGUUCCGCUAACUUGACAGUUGAUUCAGUCAUCAGCGGGUCGGUUGAGCUCCUCGGUGACAUUAAGAGUCAUCAAAAUAAACAUAAAUAAACUCGCUGCUUGAUUGUUUUUUAACCGACACUCUUCUGUUUGGAUUAAAGGCUUUGAACGGACACUAACAGGAUUUAGGAGGAUGUCAGAGCAGGACAGAAGAGUUCACCCUCACUGAGAGGAGAAGAGGAGGAGGAGGAGGUGCAUGAUGGAGCGAGCUCACAGCCUCCUGCUGAACGAGGAGGCGUUCAGACAGCUGGCUGAACAUCAGAGGGCGGAGUUCAUCUUUGAGUGGCUGAACCACCUGAAGAAGCUGCUUCCUGCCGCUGACCGGUCCGAAAUCAAACACAACCAGCGGCGCCUGCUCGACCAGCUCUCGGGCAUUCUGAUUGGCUCCCCCGGCCCGCCGACCCGCUGGCUGCUUGCCCACUGCUUGGCCCUGAUCUACCGCCUGGGAGACCCCAUUUCUUCCUGCCUGUUUGUGGACAGGUGCAAUGACAUCAUCCGCAGCAGAGACGACUCCCCUUCGGGACUCCCGACCCGACUGGCAGCCAUCGCGUGCCUCGGUGCUCUGUUUGAGCAGCUGGGUCGGAUGCUGGUCGGCACCUUCAAAGAGACUCUGACCAACCUGCUGAAGGCCAUGAAGAACGCUGAGUCUCAGGGUCGGUAUGAGAUCAUGUUGAGUCUGGAGAAGAUCCUGCAGGGUUUGGGCGUCAGCGCCGUGCCAUGUCAUCGAGACGUCUACAAGGCGGCGAGGACGUGUCUGACGGACCGAUCCAUGGCCGUACGCUGCGCCGCUGCCAAGUGUCUGCUGGAGCUGCAGAGGGAGGCGGUGUUCCUGUGGACGAGCGAGCUGGAGAACGUGGCCACGCUUUGCUUCAGAGCCUUCGAAGGAUCCAACUACAGCGUCAGGGUGUCCGUCGCCAAGCUGCUGGGGACCCUGCUGGCUGCUGCUGUGGAGCCCCGACAGCCCACCGCAGCUCCCAGGCAGAGUGGGCGGGGUCGGAGCUCCUUAGAGGAGGUGAUGGAUCUGUUGUCGGCGGGGUUCCUGCGUGGCGGGGCCGGGUUCCUACGAGCCAGCGGAGACAUGCUGAAGGGGACCAGCUCCGUCAGCAAGGACAUCCGCAUCGGGGUCACACAGGCCUGCGUCGUUUUCGUCUCCACCCUCGGAGGCUCCUGGCUGGAGGCGAACUUCCCCGCCUUCCUGUCGCUGCUGAUGGAGCUGGCGUCCCACGGCAAGGCCACGCAGACGGCGGGCGACGCUGUGGUGACGCACUGCUGCGUCUCCUUCAUCCUGAGGAGCACCCUGGGGUCUCUGCUGGGGGAGAAGGCUCAGACCAACGCCGCCAAACAGUUGUGCCUGGCUGUGGCGGCGCAGAAGCAAGCCAUCGAUGCAGCUCUGACUGAUGGGAACGUGGAGACCAGAGUUUCCUCAGCAGACGUCUCCGCCAGUCAGCAUGUGCUGGUCUGCUGCCUGCUGGAGCUGGGAGGACUCAUACAGGGACUGGGAUCCACCGCAGCCCCCCUGCUCACUGACAGCAGCACAGCGCUCAUGGACACGGUGAUCUCCGUCCUCCUCCACCCGGCCCCUUCCGCCUCUCUGGCUGCCGCCUGGUGCCUGCGCUGUGUCGCCACGGCGAUGCCAUCCCAGUGUUCCUUGCUGCUGGAUCGCUGCGCCGAGCGGCUGGUGGCGCUGAAGUCUUCCCCCGAAGCCGUGGCCGGAUACGGAGCCGCCGUCGCCGCCCUGGUGGCAGCGGUGCAGCACUGCCCCCUGGGGAUACCACACACCAGAGGCAUGGUGGUGCUGGGUCUGGCUGAAGACCUGCUGCGCUCCGCCGCUCAGAACAGCCGGAUCUCUCUGCAGAGAACUCAGUCCGGCUGGCUGCUCGUCUCCUCGCUCAUCACUUUAGGCCCGGCUGUAGUGGAGCACCACCUGCCCCGGCUCCUCCUCCUGUGGCGCUGUGUGUUCCCUGCUUCCCUCAGGGAGCAGGAGAUGGAGCUGAGACGAGGGGACUACUUUACGUGGCAGGUUACGCUGGAGGGACGUGCUGGGGCGCUCUUCGCGAUGAAGAACCUGCUGCUGCACUGCAGGGAGCUCGUCACCGAUGACAUCAUGAGCCGUCUGCUCACGCCGCUGUCCUGCGCCGUCGCCCUGCUCACCAAGUUGCCUGCUCUCCUCCGCUCUUACAGCAGUUCAGUGCGCAGCUGGUCUCUGGUCUACAGGCUGAGGGUCUACGAGCUGCUGGCUCUUCUGCCUCCUCACAUCUACCAAGAGAGCUUUGGUGUUGUGAUGAACCAGCUGGUGUCGGAUCUGUCGGGUCAGGACAACCUGAACCAGCCGUGUUCAGAGCUCACCCUGCUGCCCCGCCUCUGUCACCGUGACGACCUGCCUCUGGUCGGCCCCGCCCUCCAGAACACAGACCACAGAUACAUCGAGGAGCAGCUCCACGGCAGCAGUGUGGGGGGGGGCUCGCUGGAUAAUGACGCCUUUAGUCUGUGUGAGAAGAGCGAUGAAACUCCAGCUCCUCUUCCUCCUCCUGUCGCUCUGACAGCUGCAGCUGCUCGCCUCUUUGGAGCGCUGUACCCCCACGUCAUCUCCGCUCAGAGAGUGAAGAUUUUGGAGCAGUUUGUGGAGACGGUGAACCAGCUGAAGGGUCAGCGGCAGCAGACCGUGCAGACACACGUUUGUGCCGCCCUCUGCAGUCUGCUCAAGCACCAGGGAGGUAUCCGGGGGUCUUUGGGACCGGAGGAGGUUCGCUCUCCGGCGCUUUCCCUCCUGUCGGGGGCCCUGGAGAGCGUCAGCCCACUGCUCCGGUGUCUGGCUGCUGAGGGUCUGGCUCGGCUGGUUCAGGUGGUCGGAGACCCCGGCUUCACUGUGUCCGUCUCGCUGCUCUGCUUCGACCGGCUGAAGACGGCUCGGGACGCAGCGUCUCGCAGCGGCUACGCUCUGGCUCUGGGGGCGCUGCACCGCUACACCGGAGGGAUCAGCUCAGCCCAACACCUGUCCACCUGCCUGGGAGUCCUGUUCACCCUGAGCCAGGACAGCACCUCACCUGAGGUCCAGACCUGGUCUCUCCACAGCAUGUCUCUGGUGGUCGACCUCUCCGGGGGUGUGUACCGCGCCCACGCCGAGGCUUCCUUCACUCUGGUUCUCCGGCUGCUGCUCUCGGCUCCACCCACCCAUCCAGAGGUGCACCACAGCCUGGGCCGCUGUCUGCACGCCCUCAUCACCUGCCUGGGCCCCGACCUCCAAGGUGAGGGUGCAGCUGUGUCCGCUCUGCGCUCCAGCUGUCUGGUUGGAUGUGGGGUGAUGCAGGACAGUCCGGACUCUCUGGUUCAGGCCAGAGCCAUUUCCUGUCUGCAGCAGCUGCACAUGUUCUCCCCUCCACACGUCAACCUGGCCAGCCUCGUACCGGCACUCUGUGAGAUCUUGUUGGAUUAUUCUUUGUUGGCCCACCUGUGCAGCUCGUACCUGUGUCUGCGCCGGGCGGGGGUGGCGUGCCUGCGGCAGCUGGUGCAGCGGGAGGCGCUGGAGGUUUCUGAGCACGCCGUGACGCUGGUCAAAGAGCUGCCAAGACGAGACAACACACAACUGGACGUCACCAUAAAGGAGGUGGGUCUCGAAGGAGCUCUGUUCACUCUGCUGGACCGCGAGUCCGAUCCGGGUCUGAGGCGGGACAUCCAGGAGACUCUGGUCCACAUGAUGGCGUCCAGCGCGACCAGUGGGAAACUGGGACACUGGCUCAAACUGUGCAAGGACGUCCUGUCUGCGACCACCGACUGUCGGGCUCCGGUCGAGGCGCGGCAGGAGGACGACGAGGAGGCGGACGCCGGCCGAGACGACGACUCCUCCGCCUUCAAAGCUCGGUCUGAGUCCAGCGGCCCGUUCACCGCCCUGCGCUGGGCCACACGCCGCUUCGCCAUGGAGUGUGUGUGUCGCAUCAUCGCUCAGUGUGAGACCGCCGACCCGGCACACUUCGACAUGGCUCUGGCUCAGGAGCGCCGCCUGCAGGAGUCCACUGACUUCCUGGUGCUCCAUCUGGGCGAACUGGUCCGCAUGGCGUUCAUGGCGGCGACGGAUCACAGCGACCAGCUGCGACUGGCGGGCCUGCAGACCCUGCUGGUGAUCAUCAGACGCUUCUCUGCCAUCCCCGAACCCGAGUUCCCCGGGCACGUGAUCCUGGAGCAGUACCAGGCCAACGUCGGAGCUGCUCUCAGACCAGCCUUCUCCGCUGACGCUCCUCCUGACGUCACCGCCAAGGCCUGCCAGGUGUGCAGCGCCUGGAUAGCCAGCGGUGUGGUCAGUGACCUGCGCGACCUGCGGCGCGUCCACCAGCUCCUCGCCUCCUCACUGGCUAAAGUCCAGGCGGGGAGGGACCCGUCCAGCCAGCUGUACAACGAGGCCACCGUCACCAUGGAAACGCUGGCUGUCCUGAAGGCCUGGGCCGAGGUUUACAUUGUGGCGGUUCAGAGGAGCAGACAGAAGGAGAGCCAUGAUAGGACGACCGACCUCUCAGUCUCCUCCUCUCUGGCCAAUGACAGCUCAGGCUCGGAGUCUGGAGGGGCGGGUCUCCUGAAGUUGGUCCAAUCGGAUCUGUCGACGCUUAGCCGCCUUUGGCUGUCGGCGCUGCAGGACUACGCCCUGCUGACCCUCCCUCAAGAGUACGCAGCACAGCUACCUGACACAGGAGGUUCUUUCUACACAGCGGAGACGGUGAACCAGGCCAGAGCUCACUACACCUCGUCCUGGCCUCCCGUCCUCCACGCCACCUCCCUCUGGCUCCACAGCACAGGUUUCGUGAUGCCAGACGACGCACCUCCCUACCUGUCCCGUCCUGCCACCCCCACCUCCAUGGGGAACACAGGAGCCAGAGCCAAGAGUCCUGAGGACAUCAACACCGACAGACUGCACCUCAUCUUGGGGAUCAGUGUGGAGUUCCUGUGUUCUCCGCACUCCGCCGACCAGAUGGAGAACAUCACUUCCUGUCUGAGAGCCCUGCAGGCGCUGCUGGACGUCUCCUGGCCCCGAGCUAAGAUCGGAAACGACCAGGCUCUGAGUGUGGAGCUGCUCAGCGUCCUCCACAGGCUGAUGGUGACCAGAGAGUCCGUCUCCGUUCAGCUCGCCGUGUUGGAUUUACUGCGACAGGUCGUGACGGCCGCUCAUGAGCACGUCAAGGAGAGACGCCACAGCGCUGAGGUGGAUGACGGUGCAGCGGAGAAGGAGACGCUGCCAGAGUUUGGGGAGGGACGAGACACUGGUGGUUUGAUUCCCGGGCACUCGCUGGUGUUUGGAGCGCUGGAGCUGUGCCUCUGUGUGCUGGUCCGGAAACUUCCACAGCUCAGCCCCAAGCUGGCCGGGACCAGUCCCACUGGUCCCGGAGGCUCGGUGUGGAGUUUGACUGACAGCGACUGUCAACUGGUGUCGUCCGCGCUGUGUGUCCUCUCCGAGCUGCCGUCCAUCUGCUCCCCCGAAGGCAGCGUGUCCAUCCUCCCCACUGUCCUCUACCUGCUGCUGGGAGUCCUCAGAGAGCUGGUGCACCUGCCCAGCAACCACCCUGGCUCCCUGGCGGCGGGCUCAGUGGGGGGGUCCGGUCUGGGCUCGGUGGUGCAGGCGGCUCUUCAGGCUCUGAAGUCUGUGGUGGCGUCUCCGAUGAGCCGACAGGAGAAGAGCCGAGGCGCCUGGAGUCGGCUGCUGAGGUCCGCUCUGAACACACUCCUGGGGCUCUGGGACGCGGGAGACUCCGUGGAUCAGGUCAGUCUGCUCACAGCUCUCACCGUCUUCCUGCUCUCUGCGGCUCCGGACGUCUGCACCGUGGAGCCGCUGCACAAACUGUGUCUGCAGCGCUUCAGCAGCAGCAUGGAGGCCAAAGACCCGCAGGUUGUGAGUCGGUGCUAUCAGCUGCUCACCUCUGUGUUCCAGGCUCAGCCCGCCAUGGCUGUGCCGUACAUCCAGGCGCUCGGACCACAGCUGGUUCGAACCCUGCAGAAGGUGGAGAGGAGUCGUCCUCAGAGUCAGGAGGAGCUGCACGGAGUCCUGGAAGGAGUCCGAGCCAUGGAGGCUCUGAUCCAGGCAGCAGAGGAGGCACAGCGUCCUCAGCUGGUGGCCGUGCUGCUGCCGCUCCUCAUCUCCUUUCUCCUGGAUGAGAACGCUCUGGCUUCGGCCCCACCGGCGUCCCGCUCUCUCCACGAGGCAGCGCUCAAAGACCUGAUGCGCCUCGGCCCGCAGCACUCAGCCGUGUUCAGGUCUCUCAUCGCAUCGUCUCCUCACCUGAAGUCUCGUCUGGAAGCGGCUGUGAAGGGAAACCAGGAGAGCCUGAACGCUAAAGCUAGCAGCGCUAACCCCGCCGCCAAGUCUUCCCCCAGCAUAACGCUCAAAACCAACUUCCUGUGAGACGACACACCGCUGGAUGGAGGUCUUAUUAUCACAAAUGCACCGUGCUGCAUUCACUGUCCCCUGGGGACAAACAGCACUCUUGUUGUUGAGAAUCUGAAGGGUAAGAUGGAGAAUGUAAUUCAACAUGCCGCCACCAUGUUGAAAGAAUGAGGGCAGAUGUUAUGACGUUACGAUCGUUUGAAGUUCGACAAUCUUUAUAUCCUGGACACCUCGAUGCACGCUGCACGUCACAAAAUCACACAUCAGAUCGUCUUAUUAUCAAUAACCUCACCGAGCAAAAUCAUUUCAUGUUUUUAUCGGUCUGAAGAUCUGAUUUAAAAAAUUAGACAAUUUAAGAACUGACUGAAGGAGGAACUGCAACACUUUAUCUUCAGUGUGGUGUUAGGGAGACGCACAGUGUGUAAUGCAAACUGAAUGAAACCAAUAUAGAGCUGACUAAAGGGCGCACGUGGAAAAUAUUUGGGAAAAACUCAAAAUUCUGAGAUAAAAGUUGGAUCAUUUUAAGAAAAGAUCGAAAUGUGAGUUUAAAUGAUCCAGAUGUUUUUGUUUUUACUUCACUAAAAAGACAUCUUUGAUUUAAUCUUCCAGAUGUCUAAAUGAUCAUUUUAAUGCUUUUUCGGUUUUAAUAUAUAUAUAUACAAAACCUCUGUUGAAAAAAUCUCCAAAUUGUAUUAUCUUUAAUAAAGAAACAGAUAAAAAUAUGAUUAUUUUUCAGGUAUUAAAAGAAAACCACGAUACAAACCAACACUGUUUAGAACAAGGUCAGAAGGUAUAGGAAAGAGAUACAGAAAAUGUACAUUUAUGGAAUAAGAAAACAUUUAAAGGAUGUUUAAACUACAUUUUCAGCUUGUGAUCAACCCCAAGUUUUGGAUUCACAUCCUUUAUGUCUUCCAGAUUUUUCUUCCUAAAUUUAGUGGACAUUAAGGCAUGCUACACCACUUGUUUUCUUAUAGCUUAACAGGUCAUUGUUCAACUUCCUGACCAAAUAUCUGACUGUUUCACUUUUUUAAAUAUUGUAUUCAAUAUAUACCAUAAUAUUACUUUAAAAUAUAUAACAUAGUGUCCUAAAGGCCACCAGAUGGAAGCAGGACAUUAUACACUUUAUAGAAAACACUACAUUUACCACUUCUGUUUUUAAUCUCAGAGUUUUGACUUUUCUCCAAAAAGACUUUCAUGUAAAGUAAAGGCAGUGAGUUUGACCAAUCACAGGAGAGCUUCUUAAAGAAACUUGAGGCGGCCUCUAAUGAAUAAACUCCACCCGGCUGGCACUGCAAGAAGUUCAAAUGGAACUAACACUGUGCUUUUUGAUAAUGUCUGUCGAUAAAAGGGAGGCUUUUAUUUUGAAAUGACUGUCCUGUCUGUGUAGGAAAGCAAUCUGAAAGUAGCAGAAGUUCAAGCUGCUUUUCUGUAUCAUCAACAACUAAAGAAGGGCUUCCUUUCACCCUCACAUGAAUGAAUGAAUGUCAAUAACAGAGAAGAGCUCAGAGAAUGAACAAAUGAUGAAAAGGAGUUUUAUUUUUCUUAGUAAAAUGUAGGUUUUAAUGUCGACAAAUCACAUGAAACUCAACCUGAAGUCUGUGAUUGUUAUGAAUCAUACGGUGGCCUGUAAGGGACUUUUUAGCACUUUAGAUAAAAAGACACUCGACGUCACAAUAUGAACCGCGUUGUGUUUUAUCAGUUUGAAGAAUGUACGUUUGUUUGGUUUUAAAGGACUUUUAUUGUCUGAAUGUGAACAUUCAUAUCAGUGAAGAAAAUAAAGACAUUUCUAAGAGGAUGUCCACAAUAAUAAAACACUAAAUCAUUACCUGCAAUAAGUGAUAUAACCAGGUGAGUCUUCUGUCUUCCUCUGUGCUUCACACACACACACACCAGCAGUAUUAGUGUGUGUUUAAAUUUGUGUGUGCUCACCUGGCCGACUGCUCUGUGAACUGUACCGCUGUGACCUGAAUGAUUGAGUUAACAUGAUGUUUUCUAACGACACAAGUGAAUAUAAACAUGUUUUUUCUUCUAA